GUGUUAAAAGCAUUGGCUUUUUAGUUACUAUAAAUAUGAAUAUUUAUUCAAAAAUUGUAACAGGAAGAUGUAGUUAUUAUGAAGUUCACCAGGUGACCUAGAUUUUAUUUUGAAAGCUGAAACAGGAAGUGGGCUUGCUCGUUGUUGGUCAGUAGUCCUUUGAGGAAGGGGUUUGACUACAAAUUCCACCGUUGACUGGAUUGUUUAUGUCUCGGGGUUACAUCACUGAGCUAGCUGAAGAGCUCAUCUUGUCCUGUCCGUCCAUAAAAUGGUGGCGAUUGGGGCGUUGAUGAUAAAUGUGUGAGGAUAAAGCCCCUGUGGUCCUCUUGCUGCACCACACACUUCCUCAUGGAUUCCAGCAAUGACGAAGCACUUGAUAUCAUUAUCACCAAUGUGGUGGCAACCUUCAGGACCAGAUGCCACCUCAACCUGCGCACCAUUGCCUUAGAGGGAACUAAUGUCAUCUAUAAGCCGGAAGUAGGGAAAGUCCUGAUGAAGCUUCGUAAACCCAAGAUAACAGCCUCAAUCUGGUCGUCAGGGAAAAUCAUCUGCACUGGAGCAACAAGUGAGGAUGACGCAAAGCUGGGUGCUCGCAGGUUAGCACGCCUGCUGCAGAAACUGGGCUUCAAGGUGAGAUUUUCAGCCUUCAAAGUUGUGAAUGUCCUGGCAGUUUGCUCCAUGCCGUUUGCAAUCCGCCUCAUAGACUUUACUAAGAACAACCGACCCAUUGCCAGUUAUGAACCAGAGCUCCAUCCUGCUGCCACGUACAGGAUCAAACAUAUCAAGGCUACUAUACAGGUGUUCUCUACCGGCAGCAUCACAGUUACAGGACCAAAUGUACAGAAUGUGGCCACAGCUGUUGAGCAGGUCUACCCACUUCUGUUCGAGUGUCAGAAACCCCGCUACAAAUAGAAGAAAAAAGACGGAUGGAAGGGCGGAACGAGAAGGCCCAUCUGAUUUGUUUGUCACAAGUGAGGAAGCAACUUAUCGUUGGAUUUACUUGUUUGAUUUUAUUGCUGUGAGGCAAACAGACACAAACUUCUAACACAACCAACAGACUGGAUAUCACCAGGGUUUUAAAAAAAAAGAAGAAAAUCCUCAACAACCCUUGUUGGAGUGUUAAAGUGUCCCUCUCACAAAAUGUCAUUGAUGUUGUGGAUUGUGUGGCUCUUGUGAUUUUAACAGCCUAAACUUCCAAGUACGUCUUUCAAACAUCAUAUCCUUCAGCAGAAACUGCACCUUUUUAAACUUGACUGACACUGAAGGAGUUGGAUAUUAUCUGCUCUUUAUUUGCUCUGGAUGUUUUUUGCAUGGACACAAAAGAUCAGUUUUCACCUAUCUAACCAUGUUAACGCUUACCGUGACCAUUGCGAAGAGACAGUAUGUGAACACUGAGAAGCCUCACCUUUAACCCUAUAGACAAGAAUCUCCGUCCAUGGCUUAAUUAGAGACGUGUUAACGCAAAUAUUAAGGCAUCCACUAUAUUACCCAUAUUUUUUUUACCCAUAGAGAAUAACAGCAAUCAACCCACAGACCGAUUCUGGGCUGUCACCCAUAAGUACACAAAGCCAGAGCAGGUCCUUAUGCAGCUGCACAAAUCCCCUCACAAUAUGCAUUUAUCUCUGAUUUGAUUUGGUCACAUUGUCACAUUUCCUUACUUAGUUUGGGUGGCAGUUCACUAUAAAUGUGUUCCUGUUUCUCAAAUGUGGCAAUUUCAUUUCUAUACAUUUCCUAAUAAUAGUUUUAAACACAAGGCAAACAUGAAAGGUUUCAAAACAAUACAAUGUACAGAACACGAUUGAUGGCGUAAAUGUUUUUGGAAUGUAAUGAAAACUUUUGAAGGGUUUAUGUAUAUUUUAUUUCAGUUGGCGUGUUGUUGAGCUACACACACACACACACACACACACACACACACACACACAGUCUCAGACUACAGUGGUUCUAAGGAAAGGCAUUUAAAAGUAGCGUUUAAGUAGGCCAGUUAUAAAGUUAAUAAACCCAAUUGGUAUUAGGAAAUUGCUGGAAAGGCACAAGACAAAGGCACAAAUUCAUUAGAUUGUAAUGUUUAAGUAAAUAAUUCAUAAUUACAAAAGCAGCUGUAUAGUUACGUCAUACAGCGUUGUGUGGCUGUUAACUCAGCACUGUCACCUGUCAAGAGGUGUGGCAGUACAUUCAUUUUAGUUUUUGAGGCAACAUAAGACCAUGCGGUGUUCAAAGACGCCAUGCUUACAGCAUUAGCCAGUGCCCUGAACUGAAAAAUAAACCCUAGAAUAACCUUCUUCCUUAACAACAAAAACAAACAAUGGUGAAGUGUUUUUAAAUAGGAAAACCUAAUGACAGGCAACGUGGACGUAUGCAUAUAAUAAAGGCAUCUGAUUGAAAAGAUGUUGAUUAAAAACGUAAAUGUCUCAAGUAUGUGGGAUGGACUUUUUGAACCAGUGUCAACUGAAAAUUUGUGACACUUGUUCAGAAUUUUGUAUUUUGUAUAAAAAUAAAGGUUCAUGAUAACACAG